AUGGCCGUGACAGGCCAUUUUAUUGACGAACACAUGCAAAGGAAAACGGUACUGAUUGACUGCUCAAUUUUUGAUGAACGUCAUUCAGCCAAAAAUAUUGCAGAAAAUAUCAUACACAUUUGCCAACCAUAUUUUCCGAUGGAAAAAGUGUCUUUAAUAGUGACUGACAAUGCCAAAAAUAUGAUUAACGCUGUCGACAGCGAACUAAAGUUAAAACAUUUAGGAUGCAUUGCACACUCUCUCAAUUUGGCUGUCACAAAUUCUCUAAACGAGGUUAACGACCUUCUAACGAAAAUUAGGGAUAUUGUGAUAGUUUACAGGAGAAGUAAUAUCGCUGCAAAAAAUCUGCGAAAAUAUCUGUGCUCUAGCGAGGAGAGAAAAGACUUAAAAGUCAUCUUAGAUGUGAAGACUCGUUGGAACAGCACGUUUUAUAUGGUAAAACGUUUCCUUGAACUGAAAGACGCUAUUCGUUCUACAAUGGGUUUGAUGAACGACCCCCCAGAGGCUCUUGAUGUGCCAGAAUGGGAAAGUGUCCAACAUCUUUGUGACGUUUUGAAACCUUUUGAAAAGGUGACUUGCGAGUUGAGUUCGGAAAAAUACUUGUCAGCAUCUAUGGCGCCUGUGUUAAUCGGCGGACUUCAAAAAAUCUGUGAAAAUCUGCUUAGUAAAAGUGUUAAUGAACAAGUACAAAAUGUGGUACUAGUACUACAACGUGAAUUGGGUAAUAGAUUUACAACUAUCGAUUCAAGAGAAGACAUUGCUCAAGCCGCUUUCCUUGACCCCCGAAUAAAAAAAUUGGGGCUCAAAUGUGAUGUCGCCAAAAAAAUUGAAAGUGAUAUUAUCUGUGAGUUAUCGGUAGUUGCACAAACUACCCAUAAUCUUGUUGAGGAUGAUGAAGAGAUAGACUAA